AUGACAAAUUCUUUGAGCAUUGACAACCUUACUCUGCAACUGAUAAAUAAGGAGCAUUUGUACGCGCCCAAGGCCGAUGCUAAGGGACUAACUCAAAUAGCCGUCUCACAAACAAUAAUACACGCAACGGAUACACUAAGAUUAAUAUCGACGUUGAUGGAUUCAGAAAAGAAUGUGCAGGUGAAAAAUCUUUAUAUGAUUUGUGAAGUUGCUUACGAGAAUUUGGUAAAUGAAUUUUCAGAUGCCAGUUUGGCGCUUGCAGAAGGAGACUAUAGAAGUGUGUUGUUUUAUGUGGGAAAGUGUGAUAGAUUUGUGACCGAUUGUCGGGAUGUCAUAGGCAAAAAACGGGCGCCACAAUUGAGAGAUCAAAAUAGUCAAAAUAGAGUGUUGGUUCAAAUGUCACUUUUUAGCGGCGAGCUUAUUGUUUGA